AUGGAAGAAAAGAUAGUGGAAUUAACGCAUAAUUGGAGUGCCCAGCAAUGGGAUUGGCCUUUACAACACAACGAUGAAGUGAUAAAAGUGACCAAUACGAAUGAUAAGUUCGAAGUUGGUUUGGAUGCAUCAUUUUUUUCACCGAAGGAAAUCGAGGUGAAAGUUGCUGGCGAUAAUUUGGUCAUUCACUGCAGACAUGAGUCACGUGCCGAUCAAUUUGGUGAAAUUAAACGUGAAAUUAAUCGUACCUAUAAGCUUCCAUCGGAUGUAGACACGAAAACCUUGACAUCAAACUUGACCAAACGAGGACAUCUGGUCAUUGCUGCCAAAAAGAAGGCAUGA